AUGUAUAACAUCAUACAUAAGUUGCAACUGUCAUUGAUUCUAUCAAAUCUUUCAAAAAUCACACUUCAGCUUCAGUUUCAGCCUUUCAGUUGCAGUUCGUCGGAAAUCAUGGCAGCAAAUAUCCCUUUGAUCCCUGUCAAAGAAAACCACCAACUUGUUGUUGCUCCAAUUGCGCGCAACACAUUUUAUCAAUUACCAGUUAAAAAUCCCUGUGGAGAUCUUCUUGCAGAUAACAGAAGAAAAGAUUACCUUGAGAUAUGCAUUCCUCUUUACGAAGCUUCAAUGACUGGAAAUUGGCCACAUGCAAAAACCAUCCUUGAGGAACACCCAGAAGUGAUACGUUCUAGUAUCACCGAAAAUUACGAAACUGCACUUCACAUUGCAUCAUCAGCAAAAAACACACAUUUUGUGGAAAAUCUGGUGAAGAUGAUGACAAAAGAAGAUUUGGAACUUCAAAACAAGAAUUUAAACACAGCCUUAUCUUUAGCAGCUGCAGCUGGUACAGUUGAUAUCGCUAAGCUUAUGGUUGAAAAAAACAAGGGUUUGCUAACAAUCCCCGGUAGUCAAGGAAUGAUGCCAUUAUAUAUGGCAGCUUUAUUUGGAAAUAGUGAAAUGGUGAAGUAUCUCUACAGUAAAUCCCAGAAAUUGCAUGACGAUGGUUGGACACAGCAGAAUCGAGGUUGGCUUCUUGUGAAAUGUGUCGAGUCUGAUCUCUUUGAUGUAGCAUUGGAUAUAUUGAAAGACUACCCUGAACUAGGUGACGAUGGACAAGUACUUCAAGUUUUAGCGAGAAAGCCAGAUGCAUUUACAAGAAAAGAUCCCAAUUUUAUCCGAAGAUUCUACCAUAAAAUUUGUGAAGUACUUGGUAGGACGAUAGGAUGCGCUGAAAAGAAAAGCCAUGCGGUGGAAAUAGUGCGAUUUAUUUGGCAACGAAUUGUGCAAAAGUCAAAGUCUCAAAUUGAUGACAUAAUAAGAGGCCCACGAACACGUAUUGGUAACAGAGAUGUAUACAAUUCACGAAUGCUUUUUGUUGCUGCGGAAACUGGCAACACUGCAUUUAUAAUUGAGCUAAUUCGUCUCUAUCCGGAUUUAAUAUGGAAAGUGAAUAAUGAUAACCAAAGUAUAUUUCAUGUAGCUGUUAUACAUCGUCAUGAAAGUAUUUACAAUUUGUUAUAUGAGCUUGGGUCGAUGAAAGACUUGAUAACUCCUCUCAAAGACCAAAUUGAGAAUAAUAUGCUCCAUUUAGUUGGGAAAGUUGCAAAGAAAAAACGACUUGAUAUUGUUUCAGGAGUAGCACUACAAAUGCAACGAGAAUUGCUCUGGUUCAAGGAAGUGGAACAGAUGAUCCCUCCUACAUACAGGGAAAGGAAGAACAAAGAAGGUUUAACACCAUAUGAGCUAUUCACGAAGGAACACAAAGAUCUAGUCAACCAAGGUGAAAAAUGGAUGAAAGGAACGGCUAAUCAGUGUAUGGUGGUGGCGGCGCUUAUUGCCACCAUAGUAUUUGCAGCUGCUUUUACGGUUCCAGGGGGAUAUGAUCAGACAUAUGGGCCACCACUUUAUCUUAAAAAAGGCGCCUUCAUAGCUUUCGCGAUAUCAGAUGCCAUAUCAUUGUUUGCGUCUUCAGCUUCGAUAAUCAUGUUCUUAUCUGUCCUCACAUCUCGUUAUGCUGAGCAUGAUUUCUUGGAAUCGAUACCAAAAAAGUUGAUGACUGGUUUAGCGACACUUUUCCUUUCUAUAACGACGAUGAUGAUUGCUUUUAGUGUCAGUUUUUUUAUACUUUACCAUAACAAGUUGAGAUGGGUGCCAUUUCUUAUCAGCCUCUUUGCCACCAUGCCAGUCAUUUUAUUUGCGAUGCUGCAGUACCCUCUUUUGGCAGAUGUGUUCCGGUCAACGUAUGCUUCUAGAUAUCUUUUUAAGCCCAAGAAACGCUCACUCUAUGUUCGACACCCCAAGUUCUAAUUGCGUGCAGCUUGACACCGAAGUGUCUUUCAAAUGUUUUGUACAUAUGUAUAAUUGUUGAUACU